CGCGCCGGAAGGGAUUAUAUCGCGACGUCCACUCUUCACGUCCUUUCGCCCUUUACAUCCCAAUGACGAAGCCCGAACAAGCCCCCGACGGGGCUUCACCCGGCCAAAUCGCAAAACCCCCCUCUCAGAAAGUCGACCCCGUAUACUACACAUGGAGCAACACCUUCUCCAUCCUCCUCGGUCGUAUGACCGGCAACCGCGACGUCUCCCUCGAAAGCAAAUAUUUCGCAGAGCAAGAUGCCAUAAAUGAGGAAGCGUACUGUCGGCGCUGCGAAUCCAACCGCGACUACCUGCUCAAAUACAGCCCCAUCGUGCGCUUCAUGAAGGACGAAGUCGCGAAGCUGGGAGGUGAUAUCAAUGAGAAAAAUGUCAUUUGUAGGAUGUGCACGCAGGAGCAGAGUGGCGGGUUUCAUAUCGAUCAUGGGAUUCUGCUGUGUGCGAAUAAGUUUCGGAAUCGAGGGCAUCAGGAGGAUACUAUGGCGCAUGAGAUGGUGCAUGCGUGGGAUCAUCUGAAGUGGAAGGUGGAGCAGGAUAAUUUGAAACAUCAGGCUUGCUUAGAGAUACGUGCCUCAACACUAUCGGGCGAAUGCCGCUUUACUCGCGAGUUCUUCACGAAGAAUCAAUGGCGGAUAACAGAGCAGCUACAGCAUUGUGUACGGAGAAGAGCUACACUAUCUUUGAUGGCGAGACCAGGAGUAAAGGACGAUGUCCAAGCCGCGAAGAUUGUGAAUGAAGUGUGGGAUAGCUGUUUCUACGAUACGAGGCCAUUCGAUGAAAUAUACCGCUAGUGAAGGAGAGGAUGCUUACGACCUGCAUUGUAUCAUAAGACACCAUCGUUGUACAAUAUACCCGGAUAGGACAGGAUUGGAGGGCGGGGAGAGGGACAUGCAUAGCGACUGGCGUUAUUGAGUAAUUCUUCGAAUGUCAUCUUCACUCUUACGGCAUCGACAUACAGUUUAUUGACACAAGAGUUUGGAUUCAUGAUGUCAUUACUCAAUCGAAUCAUGGCAAUGCCAAUGCAAUAGAAGAACAGAAAACCCGAAUCGCCACAAGCGCCAGGCUAUGCAAUUAGACAGACCCUCAACUCCAACCGGCCGUACGUACUCCUAGUGAG